AUGCCAGUACAGGCGCAGCUGGUUUGCGAGUGUGGGAUGAACCUCCGUCGUGGAUGGGAGUAUGAUGAUGUUAUGACCAUUGCCGCCUGUAAAAAUAUUGGCGGCAAGAUGCAGGAGGGCCAAUGGCCUGGCUGCAAAUAUUCCGGGACUGAAGAACGAUGGGAUAAGGCGAGCACGCAUGCGCAGAUGUGGACUCGAUUACGACAGGGCAGUGCGACAAGAAGAAGAGUUUCUUCUCUGAGAAGAAGAAGGGGAAGAAGGGCAAGAAGGGCGAGAAGGGUAAGAAAGGUUCCAGCAGCAGCAGCAGCAGUAGCAGCAGUAGCAGCAGCGACUCAGAUUAAAAGCCCUACCAUGGGUAGAGGUCCAACAACCAGCAACCCGGUCUCAUCUAGUAGCAGCAGUCUCCCUGGCUUUGUUGAUUUACCAGAUACCCCAGUUCACGACAUCACCACCAUGGCCGUCCGCCCUCGUCGCCGAGACGAGUUUGAGAUCGCCGUGGUGUGCGCCCUGCCGCUCGAGUUCGACGCCGCGGCGCUUGCGUUUGACGAGUUCUGGGACGACGACGGCGACACCUACGGCAGGGCGCCGGGCGACACAAACACCUACACCACCGGCCGCAUCGGGCAGUACAACGUCGUCCUGUCGCUGCUCUCGACCAUGGGCAAAGUCAGCGCCGCGAGCGCCGCCUCCAGCCUGCGGUCGAGCUACACGGGCCUGCGCCUGGCACUCCUGACCGGCAUCUGCGGCGGAGUCCCUAGUCCUGACCACCUAACGACGAGAUACUCGUUACGACGGUAUCGUCGCGUUCGAUAUAGAGGGCGGUCGCGUCUGUGA